ACCUUUUACCUUAUUCCCUCCCCAACUGCCCCUUCAUUUACGGUUUCUCCGGUUUUGAACCCUCGCCCACUGUCCCUUCUUCUCCUUCUCUUUCUCUGUUUCCAGUCAAUUUCAUCGGCGUACGGCGCUUAUCCGUCUCCGUUCGCAGUUGAAGCGUCGGCAAAUCUCCAUUUCCAGUUGAUUGCGGCAGCGGCCGGCGAGUCUCUUCUCUAUUCCUUCCAGAAUCCAAACUAUCGGGCCUCAGUUGAAAGUCACGAAAAGGGCUAGCGACUCCAUCGUCUCAAGCUGCACGAAGCAGACAACCAUCGUCCCUGUUGCUGCUCGAACCUGCAGGUAGAAAUUUGAAACAAGACUUCACACGGACGUUGGAAGUAGUGUUUUUGUUGAUAUUUGAGUACCCUAGUAACACCGUAUUGGAAGAGUUCACAGUUAGGCUAAGCUGAACCAAUUUUAUUAAAAUGGCACUGGUUGUAAUCUGUGGUCAACCAUGCAGUGGAAAGUCAACAGCUGCACGGUGCCUAGUAGAUGCUCUUAAUGGCCUGGAAUCAAAACCUACAGUUAAGAUUAUUGAUGAAUCUUCCUUUCAUCUUAAUCGAAAUGAAAGCUAUGCUAAUAUGACAGCAGAGAAGAACUUACGGGGAGUUCUCAGGUCUGAAGUUGACAGAUCCUUGUUGAAAGACAACAUUGUUGUUGUAGACUCUUUGAACAGCAUCAAGGGUUACAGAUACGAGUUAUGGUGUCUGGCUCGCGCUGCAGGAAUCAGAUAUUGUGUGUUAUAUUGUGAUGCAGGAGACAAUCACUGUAGGGAAUGGAACAAGGAGCGUCAGGAGAGUAGGGAGGGCUCUUAUGAAGACAAAAUUUUUGAAGAUUUAGUAAGGAGAUUUGAGAAGCCAGAUCGGCGCAAUCGAUGGGAUUCUCCACUUUUUGAAUUAUGGCCAUCCAAAGAUGGAAUAGAGCUAUCUUCUGCUGCUAUUCUGGAUACUGUGGCUUAUGUGACAAAAAAAGUGGACUCAAAAACACGAGAUGUUAAGGUCCUCCAACCUACCAUUGCCACUCAAAGUGCACGGUUGUCUCAAACAAAUUCGCUCUAUGAGACGGACCGUGCGACACAGGAAGUGAUGAAUGCAAUUAUGGAAGCACAAUCACAGGCACUUGGAGGACCUGUAAAUGGGAUAUCUCUUGGAAAAGAAUUGCCAACUAUCAACAUUCAAAGACCUGUUGGACUUCCAGAGCUCCGGAGCCUGCGGCGAACAUUCAUAAAAUUGACAGGGCAAUCCGGCUUGAGUGGACCACCACCUCCAUCAGACAUGAACAGUGCCAAAAGGAUGUUUGUUGAUUACUUGAACAGGGAACUAGGAACUGCUUGAAAGAUUAUUACAUGAGAUCAUGAUGCCGGGAGGUGGGAAGCUCGUAAGCAGGGAUCUAUCAUGCCUGCGGUAAACACCCAUUGGAUUGAGAACUUGUUUGUUCAAGAUUCCCCUAACUUCAGUGAGAUCAAAACAGUGUUACCUGUAAUAUGGUGCAUAAAAUUAUUAAUUUGAAUUGCGGGUCUCUUUUGUUUGA